AUGAUGUGGGUGCAGGACGACGAGUCCGAGUGUGAAGACGAGGAGGCGGAGGCAGUGGUCGGCUGUGACCCGCUGUACGUGAAGCAGGAGCCGGCGUACAGUGCACUUAAUAAUAUUUAAAAAUCUACUCACCAAGCGGCUGCAGAACAUACGAGUAAAAAAAGAAAAUGUGGUUCGAGCGACGUUCUCUCCGUGCCUGCCUGCCUGCCUGCCAGGUCAUCCCACGACGGUGCCGGCGAGACGGCGGCGGACUCGCAGUACUUCUACUGCGACACGUGCUCGCAAGUCUUCACCUCCAAGUCGGACAUCGCGGACCACGUGCGCACGCACGCGGCCGGCCACGUGUGCGGGCUGUGCGGCGAGGUGUUCGCCGCGGUGUCCCGGCUGCGGCGGCACCGCCCCCACUGCCCCGAGCGGCAGCUCGCGCUGGCCGCCGGCCGCCUCCGGGCCCCGAGGACGGCGAGGGGCGGCGCCGGCGGCGGCAGGCGGGGGGCGGCGAAGGGGGGCGACGGGGCCCGGCGCUUCGCCUGCGACGAGUGCGGCGCGGCGUUCGCCUACCGCAGCUCGCUGGCCGUGCACCGGCGCCGCCACUCGGACGAGCGGCCGUUCGCGUGCGGCGUGUGCGGCGGCGCGUUCAAGCGCUCGGACCAGCUGCGCACGCACGCGCGCCUCCACACGGGCCACCGGCCGCACGCCUGCGGCGUGUGCGGGCGCGCGUUCGCGCUGGCCGGCAACCUGGCGGUGCACGCGCGCCUGCACACGGGCGAGCGGCCUUACAGCUGCGGCGCCUGCGGCAAGACGUUCCGGCAGGCCGCCUGCCUCAAGCGGCACGCGCGCCUCCACACGGGCGAGCGGCCGUACGGCUGCGGCGUGUGCGGCCGCCGCUUCACGCAGGCCGGCAGCCUCAAGGCGCACGCGCUGCUGCACUCGGGCGAGAAGCCGUUCCGCUGCGCCGUCUGCGGCCGCGCCUUCCGCCGCUCCUGCCACCUGCGCGACCACUCCAGGCUCCACGCCGCAGAGGCGCGCCAGCAGCAGCAGCAGCAGCAGCAGCAGGCCGCCGGAGCCGGCCCGGAGAAACCCGCAGAGGAGGGAGCGCAAAAGUGA